AUGGCGCAAUCCGGGGCUCAGCCAGGAAAGCGAAGGGUCAUGGGCCGCAUGGACAUUGGCUCCUCGGACUCUCCUUCGUCGACGCUGACCCCAUCCGCCACCCGACCCAGGAUGCUUCGGACGGCGCCCGGCUCAGCCGCCUCGUCGUCCUUUUCCACACCCACCGCCACAUCGGCGCGCACACCGACCAUGUCAGGCCGGGCAAAGGUCGACAUGUCGGCCUACGCCAGCUCUCCCUCGAUCGCGUCGACGCCCACCGCCGCCGGCAACAGCGCAAUGUCGCCGCCGCUCACGCGCAAUGCGAGCUACACUUCGGCACGGGCGCACGGCAUCACCUCGCCGUCCAUCGGCGGUGCCUCGGCUUCCGGGCCUGUGGCGAGGCCAUCGACGUCGGCCGGCGUAGCCGUGCGCGCGUCCAGCAUCAUCUCGUCUCCCGAGUCGCGCGGCGAGGACCAGUCGUUUGUCUCGCUGCGGUCGCACAAGGCUCGGGGCCACAACCGCAGCAUCGACCUUGGCUCGCACGCGUCCCUGCCGCCUUCGCCCAGCUUGUCCGGUCGCCCCGACGCAACCUUGUCCAACGGUCCGACGUCGUUUCGAGCCCCGCUCCCUCGCGCCCAGACGGUCAUCAAUGUGCGGGCCAGCGCGGCGCCAACGCCUCCGAGGAGCCGCACUCCGUCGCCCUCGAACCUGGAACCAGGGCGCUUUCCGGAUCGCAGUGGACAAUCGCUUGCACCCGCCUACGAGAGUCCUCAGGAGCUGCAUGAAGCUUCCGGGCCAACGACGGCGUCCUCGUCGCUCAGCACCUCGCCGCGCUUUCUCGAGGCGCCGCUGCGCGAAGGUGGCGCCCCUCUGCUUCGGCGACGGAGCUCCCUGGCCAGCGCCACUAGCAGCACCGCCCAGAGAUCAUCGCCGGCCGUCGGCGACGCAAAGGGGGCAGCCACCAGCUCCACCGUCGGCCGGUCGCACGCGAGGUCGAACAGCGCCUUCCAGAGACCUUCGAUACCCAAGCCGAUCGCCACGUCGCAGCCUGCCUUUGCGUCCAGCAGCGGCCCUGCGUCGCCGCGGACCUCGGCCCCUCCGCCGCUGCUAAACCGGGCCAGCUUUGCGAGCAGCGUCGGAUCAUCCCACGAUGCCAAUUCGGGCCUGCGGUCGCCCACGUCGGAGGUGUCGAGCAUCUCUGCCGCCGUGCUGGCAGAGGCCGAAGGCGCCCGAAACAAUCGCAAGCUGCUGGACCUCGAGAUCACCAACAAGAGCCUCAUGGCGAUCAAUGCAGCGCUCGAGGCGACCAAGCUCAAGCAGGCGCGCGAGAUCCGCGAGCUGAAGCGGAGGCUGCGCGAGGGCCGCGGUGCGACCAUGGGGCCGGACGAGAUCGCCGCGCAGCUGGCCAGCAGCCUGAGCGACGACGACGACGAGGGCGACUACUUUGAGGAUGCCGACGACGAUGGCGAGGAGGACGCCGAGCUCGAGGCCGCGCACCAGCGAUGCAAGACGCUGAUCGACAGCAUGGUCAGCCGAGCUCGGCAGGCCAUCCUGAGCAAGUACGUGCACGAGGACGCGGGGCUGGGGGGCAAGGUGCUGCACCCGCUCGAGCUCGAGCAGAUGCGUCGGGAAGCCGAGGGAGAGCGGGCGGAUGAGCAGGACGAGGAGGCAGACCUGGAGGGCGAGGGCGAGGGCGUCGGCGACGUGACGGACCAGACGUACGGAGACGUCUCGGCCAUGUCGUCUCGCGCAACGACGCCGCAACAUCCCACGCACGCCGGCGAGGACGGCGACGGCGGUGGCGUCGAGGCUGACACCAGGCCCAAUACGUCCGGCGAAGCAGACGACGCAGACGACGCAGACGAGAGUCGGGAUGGAUCCGACGCGAGCAGAGACGAAUCCCUGUCGCAGACGACGCCAGAGAUUGAGGUGGACUCGAGCUUCGUCAGCGAAGACGACGAGGGCGCCGGAGCGAGCCCCGGCAAGGGCUUGCACGGCAUGACGAGGACCUUCCCGCUCGAGUCUUCGCCGUCGAGGCCCGCCGCCGUCGAACAGGGGCACGGCGACGUCUCGAUCGACUGA